UUUUAGACUCUCUCCAUGUCUGCUCUUUAGGUUUCCUAGUUUUAUCGCAGCUGGACCCGUUUUUCUUUCUACUUGAAGCCUGCUCUUUUCUCAUCUGUCUCCUUGAACAGAUCUUCUGUGAUCUUCCAACCCCCUCAGGUGAACUAUGCCUCCUUCAGUCAGCUGACAUAGAGGGGUCCUACACUGCUCAGCGCCCAUCUGGAAAGGACUUGAGCUGAAACCACGGAACAGACAGUUUGGUUAUUGCUGAAAAUGAGUUCAUCUACUUCACCUGUGACCAUCACUACAGCUCCUUCAAACACAACCUCUGUGACAAAGUCUAAAGAACAAAUACUUAUCCAGAGCUCUGGGGCUAUGAUUGCUGUUAUUGUCAUAGGCAUCAUCAUCAUUCUUGCCGUUGUACUCAUCAUCCUGAAGACGUACAACAGGCGGACACAUACAUCUAGACUCCUAGGAGACAGAGCGGGCUCCAGACCUCGUCCAAAGAUGUCCCAGUCUACAGUUAAUGGCAGCGUGCCUCUCAACUCCAUGGGGGUCAACUCUGUGUCGAGCAGCAUCAUCAACUCAAACUCAGCAUCAGAGAAUGGCUUCCAGCUGCCCAGAGUGGAGCUCAGCAGUGCGGAGGGAAAUCACAUGGAGCAGUUCAGCACCACCAGCGACUACAGUGAAUCCACUGUGGUCACCAUACAUGAGACGCCCUCUCAAAUAAACACAUAGCACACAGACUGCAGCUCAAGCUGAAAACGGGCGCUGACUGAUGUUUUACCUUCAAACCUGACCACACACUGUGCUGACUGAAUCCUGUGGGAAUCGGGGAUCUUCGUGUUCUCUUAGUCUGAACACGGACUGAGCCACCGCAGGUGACUGCUCAGAUUACAAGAAGUCCAUAAUGUGCAUCAUGAACAAAGUGGUAUCACAUUCAGGCACCUUGGAUUAUGAAGGACAUUGCAUGAAGGCAAUCUGAUGAAGAACUGCUUUUUUGACUGAUUUCAGUGUUUUCUGAGAAAACAUAAUGUAUUUGAAGAAUGCAGUGAAAUAUGACAGCUAUAGGUAAUGGUUCUCAAACUCUGCUUUUGUCUCUGAGCAUCCAGGAUCGUGUCCAGAGUUUAUUCAGAGACAUCAUAAUCGCAUAUAAAGCAGUGUAUGAUUAGUUUUAAUUAGAUUUUAUAAAUAUGUUUUGGUUAGCAUCUGUCAGCAAAACCACCCAUUGAUGUGAAUCCUUAAUUUGACCCUUAAGUACUUUGCACUUUAUUUUCACUGCUCCUUGUGUAUUUUUUAUUUUUUAUUUUUUGUCUUUCUUUAUGAGUCAUGAUUAUAAAAAAAAAAAAAACAGUG